AUGUGUUCAAAUAAACUUUGUUAUUUUCCAGAAAAGAUUGUUUAUCAGGAUAAAUCUAUGGUCACGGAGAAAUCUAGUCACAGAGGUUCAAUAUUGGAGCUAUCGGCAAUUCCACAGUUUUCUGAAAAUCCACUCCACGUAUGCAAUGUGUGUGGUAGAUGUUUCAAUCGCAAAUCAAAUCUGAAAGUCCACAUGAGAAUUCAUAGUGGUGAAAGGCCAUUUCAGUGUCCAAAGUCAAAAAUUAAAUCUCAAUUUAAAAUUUUUUCUUUUAUAGGUAACCCCGUUACCAAUGAUGUUUCAAAUUUCUUUGGCUUUAGCCCUUCUCUCCAUGAAUGCAGAACUUGCAAGAAACUAUUUUCCAGCAAAUCGAGUCUGAUCUUGCAUUCUCGUAUACAUACAGGAGAGCGACCUUACAUUUGUGAACAGUGCGGCAAAAGGUUUGCUCAAAAAGGAAAUCUGAAAACUCAUAUGCAGAGUCACGCAGGAUUGAAACCAUUUCCAUGUCAGUUGUGUGGCAAAAAAUUUGCAUCAAAGCAGCGUCUGUCCAUUCACAUGACAACUAUACACGAGCAGUAUUCAAACAUUUUUUUUCCAGACGAUGCUUUCUCAGAUGUGCCAAUUCCUUACUUUAGUUCCAAUUCCGAUUUUCCAGUGUGUGAUAUCUGUGGUAAAAUGUUUUCAGGCCACUCCAUGCUCCGACGUCACUACCUCACACAUACCGGUGAACGCCCUCAUGCUUGUGGAAGUUGUGGCAGAAGUUUCUCACAAAAAUCGAGUCUUAAGAGACACAUGGUGACUCAUACAGGAGUGAAGCCAUACCCAUGCAUUCUGUGUUCCAAAAGAUUUUCUCUAAAACAACAUUUGUUGUAUCACAUAGCUUCUCAGCAUAACAAUAGUUUUAAGUAAAUUCUGUGGGCACUUUUGUGAAAUCCCCUCAGCCAUCUUCACCAAAUCAGAGCUGAUUGUGCUCCGGAAAAAAUCCGGAUUCCCGGAAUUUUCGCUAACAGUGAUCCGGAAGUUUCCGGAGAUCAAAUUUUCAAAGGUGGAACUUAAAAACACAG